AUGGGAUUAAUACCGGCACUCAUCUCAGUGUUUCACAUUAAUCACGUUGACAUCACAUUUACAGGCGGUGCUAGACCGAGAACUUUCAUAUCAAUACCACGAUUCCAACAAGGAGUACCAGUAACAUUGGGCUACGUAACGAACGUUGCUUCGAAUGAUGGCAAUCCGAUAAUCGCUCCUUUCCCAAACUGGGAUUGGCAUCGAUCUGGCGAUUGCGAGGGUAUGACCAGCGUUUGGAGGAUGGAGAUUGACCGUUGCGGCCGAUUGUGGGUGAUGGACACGGGAAAAAUCGAGGAUAGCCAAGUCUGCCCGCCACAGCUGCUCGCCUUCUCGCUAGAGACAAACCAGCUCCUUUCGCGUUACAAAUUCCCGAAGAACCAGGUUACAGCGAACUCCCUCUUCGUGACUCCGAUCGUCGACGUGCGAAGUCAGUUUUGCGACGACACAUUUGUCUACGUCGCCGACGUGACCGGGUUCGCCCUGGUCGUCUACGACCACCGGAACAUCCGAAGCUGGAGGAUAAAUAACAACCUGUUCUACCCCUACCCGAACCACGGGACGUUCUCCAUCAAGGGUGACGUCUUCGAUCUGAUGGACGGCAUCCUGGGGAUGACGUUGAGCCCGUUGAGGCCAGACGAGGAUAGAAUCCUGUACUUCCACUCGCUAGCGAGUAAAGUUGAGUCCUACGUCGCGACCUCGGUUAUAAGGAACUUUUCUCUCUUCCACGAGAAUCCCGGAGGUGCCGCUCGCUCCUUCGUCUCCUUUAAGAACGAACGGAGCUCCCAAUCCGCGGCCGAAGCCAUGGACCAGAACGGCGUUAUGUACUUCGGACUUCUUUCCGAGCUGGCAAUCGGCUGCUGGAAUAGCAGGAACUACGAAUACGGCGAUGAGUUCAUUGACAGGAUCGCCGUGAACGCGGACACCCUGCAGUUCCCUUCUGGAGUCAAGGUUAUCACCGGGUCCAACGGAAAACAGCAGCUGUGGGUGAUGACGGUGUCCUUCCAGCGACUCAUGGUUGGAACCCUGACUCCGAACGAAACGAACUUCCGGAUCCAGGCUUCCGAGAUCGACGAGCUGGUGCGCGGAACGAAGUGUGACGUCGCUUCCCUGAACAUAAACGCGAUCAAGGAGUCAGCGACCAGCCAAGGUGGAAGUUUGACAUUUCCAAAAUGAGUGUCAAGGUCCCGCGAAAAGUUCUCCGAAUCACCCGACAUGAUUUCGUACUUUUCGCGGUUCGGCAAACACCGGCGCUGCAAAGUGUCCUGUGUGCAUCGCAGAAUGAAACCGGAGGGGUAUAGUUUUUACAUUGAUCAUGGAUGAUGUCAACGGUCGGAUCAUAUUAUCGGGUGAAGUCGAGAAAGCCACGCAUUGACGGUGCUCUGCUUCAUAUUGCAGUCACUUUGGCCGUAAAGCUGGGUGCAAAUUCCUCAACCGAUUCUUCUUUUGGGUGUAUAUAACCCGUUAGUACUCGAUACCGUUCCACACCCUUCCAGUUUACCUAUUUGGACAUUCUGAGGAUUCUAGGAUCAAACCUGUGAAUAGAGAAAACGUAGUUGAGUGGAACUGUGGAAUAAAGUUUUGUAUUAAUGAAUUAUACCAUUUAUGGCGCAUAGAGCUGAUGUGAUGAAGUGAGUCGUGUAAGUUAAAUGUCUCGAAAAAACCAUCCUCGCUUAUCAAGCGUUACGGUUCACAGUCACACAGCUUUAAAGUUUUAUCGCACUUCUGCGUGUAAGCUGUCACAAUACUUCGACUUUUGUUAGAAUAGAAACGCAUGUCACGAGUUUAGACGAAGAAAAAUAUCAAUAGAUGAAUUGUAUAAAUUAUUAAACAAUUAUAGUUAUGAGUCCAAUCGCCGCAAUAAGGAAAGUUGAGUUGCUCAGUGAAAGACUUACAAUCAAUAGAAUGCACUCAGUAAUUAUGUAUACAUUUAUAAUAUUUUAAG